UUCCGGGGUUGAAACUAGGGGCGUGGCUGCGGAUGAUGACGCGGCAGCCGCCAAACUCAAAAAAGAAAUCCACGAUUUGGAGUGGAUGUUUUCAUCUAAAGCAGUUAAAACGUACAUUAUUUAACACAAAAUAAAUACUCGCGGAACAUGGAGGGAGCUUCUACGAAAGGUGUUUUGAGUCAUCUCAGUCUGCUGGAAGUCCAGGCAAGAAGCCGUAAAACUCAACCUCAGCAGCCGAGUCGCGUGAAGGAGCUGAAGGCUAAAGUUGAGGCGCUGCUGACCCAGAGAGACCAGCUGAGAGCCGAGAUAGAGACUCAUAAGAAUCUCAAGAAACUGAGGGCAUCUAUGGACAAACGGUGUACACAAGAAGAAGAAGAAGAAGAAGAAGAGGGAAUGGAUGAAGACUCUGAGAACUCAAAGCUGCUGCGGCUGAUGGCCAGACAUACACAACUGAAAGACCUCCUGCAUGCUCAUCACGUCAUCGGUGGGUACAACGUCAUAAAGACCCGUCAAGGUAAAGGGAUGUGUGUGUCUCUGGCUACAGCCUAUGAGGGCGUCUACUUAGAAACCUACAACCUGGAGAUCGACGUGAAGCCGACUGUGAGGAUCAGCCGUCACGACGUUCCCCCGUUCAUUCCUUUAAACAACCUGGCCGAGCAGAGCAGCUUGCAGACAGACAUAAGGACUCUUCUGGACCCCCUCAGCCAACAUCUCAACGCCUUUGCUGGUCGCAAGCAGCAGUUGAAGCUUGUUAAGGAGCUCCAUAAGUCUGUGGUAGUGAUGGAGAGUAACGUUUUGUGUUCAUUACUGGUGCUGAUGUUCACGGUGCCGAAAGAGAAGACGCUUGUUCUCUGCUCACUUGACUACACUGACCGCACCAGAUGUCUUCCCACACGAGUCCACUUCAAAUGUGACGACAAGGAGCUUCCUGAUUCUCCAGAGUGGAAGAAACACCGCAGCCUUCUCAUGGAGACUCCUGUGCACAAAGCUUUGAUAACCAUGAGGAAGAUGGGGAAUAUUGUGUAGUUUAUUAGGAAAUAUAAUGAAGCUUUUCUACAUUUUAAUGAACAAAAUAUUUACACUCUCAUUGUUUACAAUAAAACACAGAUAGUUCAACUUUAUUUUCUUUCGUGAUGUUGCAAAUGUCGAGGUCAGAAGAUUCCAAACUGUGGAGGUUCCUCUGUGGAGGUUUCAUAUGUAUUUCCAUGUUGCUUUUGUCCCUGAGCUUUUCUAUAAACACUGCCACCCUCUUGUGUAACGUCUCCCACUGAAACUGCCUCAGCUGCUCCAUUUCCUCUCGGGCUUUCUGCUGUUGCCUGGCCAGCUCCUUUUCUGAUAUUGAGUCAAUAGUUGCGAUGUUUUUCAUCUGCAUGAGAGACACGCUGCUCUGGAUGUUGCCUCUGCGUCUCACUGAGCCGGCGGGUUUGACCGACGGCGGCGGUGCCGAUAUCGACCGACUCUGCUCCACAAGUUCACGUUCUCUGUUGCGAUACUGGGAUUUGCUGGAGUACGAUCUUCUGCCAUCAGAUGUUUGAAAUUUGUGUUCUCCAAUUUCUCUCAUAGCGAUGUUGACUGUCGCUUUGGGCUCAACCACUUUCACCAUCACUACUCGUCUCUGUUCGUUCGUCAGGGAGUCUCUUCUCUGCUGAAGCAUUUUGCGAGUGUACCUGUACUGUCGGUCCAACAUGUCCAGUUUAUGCUGGAGAUCCCUUUCCUCCUUUUGGUUCAGCACUUUCAGAUCUCUCUGCAGCACACUAGGUCUUCUGAAGCACUGAUCCAUUACAAGAGGGCUAGAAGGAGAAACGUGUUUUUGAGCCUACUUCUUUCCCUCAUUCAGUCACUUUUUCUGUUUAAAUUAAAGCUGAGUUUGUCGUUUUCUUACCUGAUUUCUGUCCUCCAGAGCGCCGUGUUAUACAGGUGCGUCUGCUGCCAUGGCCGUCUCAUUGUAUGUAAUAUAAUAGCCUAUUAUAUUUGAAGGAAAGUGAAUGGGAUUGUUGGGGAUUGUGUAUUGUCCUUAAAGAGAUUAAAUUUCAAGACGUCGCACGAGUGCAGUCACGGGUCUUCUUGCAGGUUACACAAUAAUGGUUCACUUUGUUCAAAGUAUUUCAAGAGCAUACUUUCUCUAAUUGUAUGCAGCUGUAGUACUUUAUUGAAUAAUGCUACGAGUCUCUCAAAUGAUCUUUCAUUGUUUGUGGUCUAAGUUCUACUUAAGAUUUUGCUGAUAGUGCUGAAAUAUUUUUAAUCAUAAUACAUUUUUAGGAUUUUAGCAAUGCUGAUAUCACGAAAUGUUACCAUACAUACACAAAAUCUGCAUAUUUAAAAUCUUUUUCUUAUUUUAAAUUCAUUUAUUUGUCAUUUUCCGUUCAUUUUAUCUCAUUACAUGAUUAUUCUCUGAACUGAUUUUAACUGCUUUUAUGUAAAUUCUAGUUCCAGCUUCUCAAAUGUGAAUAUUUCUUGGUUUUCUUUGUCUUCUGUGAUGGUAAAGUUAAUCUCUUUAGGUUAAGACUGCUGGUUGAACAAAACAAGACAUUUAAACUUGUUUAAGUUGGGAAGUUUCAAAGGGCAUUUUGCCUUCAGGGCCCUCAAAUGUUCUACGCUUUCUGUAGCAAUUCAAUCAUCAACACCU